CGGGCCGGGCGCAUGCGCGGGGCGCGCAGACCGUCCUCGGAGUCGCCCGCGCCGCCGGUCGCGGGAUCCCCGAAGCGCGGGCGGCCCGGGCUCCCUCCGCCGGCCAUGGCCUCUCCGCCGCCGCCGCCGCUGCUGCUGUUGCUGCUGCUGGGCCUCUCGCUGCUGGACGCCCGGGCCCGCGCCGAGGCCGCUGCCGGGAGCGCCGUCCCCGCGCAGAGCCGCCCGUGCGUGGACUGCCACGCGUUCGAGUUUAUGCAGCGUGCCCUGCAGGACUUGCGGAAGACGGCCUACAGCCUGGACGCGCGGACGGACUCCCUCUUGCUGCAGGCCGAGCGCCGGGCCCUGUGCGCCUGCUGGCCCGCGGGCCGCUGAGGACGCGCGGCCACUGCUCCUGCGAAUAAACACGCGCCAGCA